AUGGCAGAGGAGCUAGAGGAGUUAUGUGGGAAUAUUUCUCUCACUGAGGGAGAGCAGUAUGGUAUUAAAAUAUCUGAAGGUGAAAUUGCAUUGGCGAGAGAGAAAGGAACGAGGUGUUUGGUGGGGAAGAUUUGGACUGGAAAGCGUACUAAUCAAGAAGCAUUUAAACAAGUUCUAUCAAAAAUAUGGCGAACAAGGCGAGGGGUUAUAUUCAAAGAAGUGCAGGACAAUUUGUGGAUCUUUGAGUUUGAAGAAGAUGGGGAUAAAAGGAGGGUAUUGGAGGGCAGACCUUGGUCCUUCGAUCGACAAAUUCUGGUGAUUAAUGAAUUAGAAGGCAAUACUCCUCCUUCUCAGAUGAAAUUCUCUAUGUCACCAUUCUGGGUGCAAGUACAUGAUAUGCCACUAGUAUGUAUGACUAAAGGGGUUGGAGUGAAGAUUGGGGAGUCAUUGGGGAAUUUGGAGGAGGUAGAUGUGGCAGGUGACGGAGCCGGAUGGGGGAGAUGCCUCAGGAUCCGGGUGUCCAUUGAUAUUACGAAGCCAUUAGAUCGCGGAAGAGCAUUGGAGUUGGGUGGAAAAUCAACGUGGGUACCUUUUAAAUAUGAAAAACUCCCCUUAUUUUGCUUUAGUUGUGGACGAAUUGUUCAUGGCGAUCAAGGCUGUCCUGUCCGACGGCCAACACGAUUGAGUACAGUGGAAGAAACAAAAAAAUGGGGGGUGUGUCUUCGAGCAGACGACCCGCGGAGGCGCUGGAAUGGAGGUAGCAAAGAUUAUUACUCGGCGACUGACCAUUCCGGCGAGGGGAUGCGGGACAGAGCAGCGGCGAGCGGUGGCCCAGUUGGAAAUGAAUACGACAGGGAGAGCAGCGAAAGUCCAGGAAUUUCACAUCGUGGGAUGCAGUUACAAAGGGCAGUUGGUGAUGAUUAUGGUUCCAAUGUUAUAGGGAGUGCGGAUACUGCGAAAGGUGGGGAGCAAGUUUCUCCAACAUUCGUAUGUGGAGAUGUGGAUAAGGAGGCUAAUACUGGGCAUCAGGAAGAUGUGGUGGGGCUGGUUCUUGCUGGGCAGGAUGGGCUUUUCUCCAAAAAGGCUCAAAUAGAUCAUCAGGCCCUUUUGAAUGAAGAAAUUAAGGUGGCCCAAAUGGAGUGUGAGGGUAGUCCAACAAGUGCAAUGCAGGGGUUCCUCAAUUUCAAUGUUGAGAAUGCAGAGGGGAAUGUGAAUUCAACGAAGGGGGACAAUGUUCAAACUAUUGGAGUGUCAGCACAUGGAACAAAUAUUCGUAAGUGGAAAAGGAGUGCUCGUGGUUCAUCUGGAACUCGCGCAGAACUGGAGGAUGGUGUACUCACUGGCAACAAACGGAAAAUGUCCAUAGAUGGAAAGAAUCAAGUUGAGACAAGGGGAGGCAGAAAAGGAAAAAUAUUAAGGCAAGCUCAGGAACAUAGUGGCAUUGUUAUGGCGGAGACUGUUAAGCAGUCCCGCCAAAUCCAAUGA